CUUUUGCCUCGCAGGAAGUUAAAAAUCACCAACUGUGACAUGACACAACUCACUCUUCUGUUCGCUUAUAAAACCACCGAGAAUCCAACAAGCUUCGAGGAAAACGUAUGCCUACAGGCGUUUUAUUUUAUUCGGUUAACAGUACAGCGAAUUCGACCUGUGAUAGAUUCUGAAAGGAACAGCAACCGAAAAACCAAUAAUCAUGUCAUCCUUUGGUGACGACCACGGAUACGUAAUCGAUGGCUAUGAUCAUCGCUUUCCCUCGCAGCGAUUCUACUCGUCCUUCAGCCAAUCUGCUGGUGACUCGCCUCCGAUGUUUUCAUCUUAUAGCACCGGUGGCGGUGCUGAUGACGUGUUCUCAUCGGUGCCAGUUAGCGAGAGUCCGCCGUCAGUUUUCUCGGUCAGUGGUGGAGGAUUCUCGUCAGAGCAAAACGGACAGGGAGGUUCUAACGGCCCGAUGUUGCCACUUCCAGAUGGAAUGCAGGCAGAGGAAGAGGAAGGUUUUGCAUUGAGAGAGUGGCGUAGGCAGAACGCGAUUAGGUUGAAAGAGAAAGAGAAGAAGGAGAACCAGAUGCUACACAAGAUAAUCCAGGAGGCAGAUGACUUUAAAACGGAGUUUUAUAGGAAGCGACACUUGACUAUUGAGAAUAAAAAAGCUUCUAAUGGGGAGAAGGAGAAGCUAUUUUUGGCAAACCGGGAAAUGUUCCAUGCUGAAGCUGAGAAGAAUUACUGGAAAGCAAUUGCAGAGCUCAUUCCACAGGAAGUGCCAGCCAUAGAGAAAAGAGGAAAGAAGCAGCAGGAUCAAGAAAAGAAGAAGCCCUCCAUUGUCGUGAUCCAGGGACCCAAGCCUGGAAAACCAACUGAUCUCUCAAGAAUGCGCCAGCUACUCCUCAAGCUUAAACAUAAUCCCCCACUCCAUAUGAAGCCCAAACCAUCACCAUCUGCAGAACCCAAAAAAGGUGGUAAGGUUGCACCUUCUGCUGCUAAUCAUGCAUCCACUAAGACUGCACCUACAACUUCAGCAACUCCUGAGACGGUAAUAGUUACUUAAGACCUGAGCUGCUACGCCUACAUGUUGAGUAUGUAUGUGAAAGUUAAGUACUUGUGAUUUUCAAGUGACUAGUAUAACAUUGAACUCUACUAUAUCUGCAAUGAAUGGGCAUUUGUAUGUCAGGCGUAGAAAGGUUCUUCAGAGUUUUUACCGGUUUUCUUAAUCUGUUUGUGUGGUUUAUCAUGUUGAAUUUGCUUUUUCUUUCUAAA